CUGUGACGGCGGUUUUUAAAAUGACAGAACACCUGAGGAGUGAAUGUCAUUGCAGUGUAUAGUCAAUUAGCCAAAACAAAUAAGCACAGAAGCCUAGCAGGGAAUUUUUCGAAAUGGCGUCCUUUGUGACAGAAGUCUUGACAUCGGCGGGCAAAUUGGAGACCCAGGAGGUACAAGGGAAGCUAGAUGCCCUGACGAAACAGAUUGACUCUCUGAAGAUGCAAGUAUUUGAAGUGACAAACAAUAAGUACAUUGAUUUCAAUUCCACAAUGAGCACAUCAGAAGAGCUGGCAGAAAAUGUGGAACGAAUUUCAAAGGAAAUGUCAGAUGUUUCUGAUAGGAUAGAAAAUGAGAUAAAGAGCCAAUUGAAUAUGUCAACAGAAGUUGUGGAAUCUCUGAAGCGUCAGCUGCUUGAAGUUAGUGACGUUAUGCUAGUUUUGGAGAGAUUGGUUCAAAUACAUGAGGGCCUUCAGUGUAUAUCUGGAGCCAACAAGACUUGUAACUUUUCCAAGGCAGCUGAAGCCAUACUGAAUAUUCAUGAGCUACUAUCCAGUCUGGUGGAAGGUAACAAAGAUGUCCAUAUACUCCUGGCUCUACAAACAGAAUACUGGGUACAGAAAGAAAAGUUUCUGUAUGAUAUAGGUGACAAAUGGAAAGAGCUUGUAUUUUGGACAAUGCCAAAUCAACAAAAAUGUGAACUCAAGAUUAUGACAGGAACAGAAAAUUUGGCCAUUUUAAAAGACAUUGUAGUGGUGAUGGAGAAGUUAGACAUUUUGGAUUCAAAAAUGAAAAGUUUUGGGGAGAGGUUAGUCCUUCACAUUGCUGAACCUUGCAUUACACAUAGCAAAACAGUUGUGAAGGAAAGCAUUACAGGUCAGUCCAAGACGUUGUUGGUGAAAUAUGGUGAAGAAACCCUAGAUAAACCACCCUCACCUGUAGAAGUGUUUUCAAAAAUAACACAAAUAUUUAAAUGGUUAAAUGACUGUUUCCUUCACAUUGUGAUUGAUGAAGAAGGGAAUGGUCAAGACCAGGUGUUGAUGAAGAGAUUGGGUGGCAUGAUUGCUCACCAGGUGUUGGAUCUCAUUGUAAAGCAAUGUCUAACAUAUGCUAUCCCAACCAGUAAUAAACGAAUGGAAGGCUUUCAGAAUGACAUAGCGGCUACAGAUAUCUUCAACCAGAAACUUUCUGAAAUGAAUUUUAUACCACCAAAUGAAACUACUUUAACAGAUUUUGUACAAAAUGUUAAUGUUCUUUUUGCAAACAAGAAAAGUCAGGAGAUUUUGGAGAAAGCCCGCAAUUUGAUGACAUCUGAAAUGCAUAAUUCUGUGCCAGUGUCUGAUGAAAAACCCCUUGGGGAGUUACCUGCCCUUGAAACAGGUCAUGAUGCACCUUCAAGCAAGAAAAAUAGGAAAUUAGACUUGGCGGGAGAAUGCAAACUCAGUGAUAAUACCUUCAAGUUACCAACCUGUCACGUCAGUGUCUGUAUUCAGCAGCUACUGACUCUUGCUUAUGAAACUCUACAUGAAGCUGGUGAGAGUUCACCACAGUGUGCAGUACAGCUGUUUUAUGCUGUCAGGAAUAUGCUGGAGUUGUUUUAUUGUGUUUUCCCCACUUACCACAAAGAAAGUCUGGUCAACUUCCCACAGUUAAGUGCUCUUUUCCACAACAACUGUAUGUUCAUUGCCCACCACCUGAUGACAAUGGGCCAUCAGUUCCGGAAAAAGUUGCCUCCAUCGAUCAAUGCAACAUUUGUUGACCUCGUACAGAAAAUACGUAGACUUGGGAUAGACACAUUCCUACAGCAGAUGUCGCGACAGAAAGGUGUGAUGGCAGAGUGCCUUGGAGGAGCAAAAGGAUUUGCCAGUGUUGCAGAGGAGAACAUGUACUUUGAUGCAGAACGUGCUAUAAAACAGACCAUUCAUCAGUUUCAUCAUCUCCAGAAGGUCUGGCAAGAGGUGCUGCCAUCUAGUGUUUAUAGGAAGGCAAUAGGUACACUGCUGAACUCUGUGCUGGUGGACAUCACAGCUUCCAUCGUAGUACUGGAGGAUAUAUCCUCAGAUGAUGCUCGUCAGCUUGCUACACUCCUUACCAUCAUAAUGGAUAAAGCUGGACCUUUACUGCAAACACCUUCGGAUGACAAAGUCAACCUGACCUUUGAACUCCAGAAAAAUGUCUUGAAGUGGCUUCGUUUUAAAGAACUAAUAACAGUAUUAAAUGCCAGCUUAUUGGAGAUUUGUGAUAGGUGGGCAGAGGGAAAAGGACCUCUGGCAAUGGAAUUUACCCCAAAUGAGAUGAAACAGCUUAUAAGGGCCUUAUUCCAGAACACAGAAAGAAGGGCUGCUGUUCUGGCAAAAAUAAAGUGAUUUUUUAUUUAUAUGGACUCCAUGUACUAGCUUCACUAAGAUAAUCUUUGUUUUGAAUACACUCUUUAUUUGGUGUCCUGUUUCAAUGUAACCUAUUGUAACUUAUGCUGUAAUUUGUCACAAGUAAUAAUAGGUUAACCUACAUCUACAUGAAAAUUAGCUCAGGAAAGCCGGAUUCAGCCUUGUUUCAUUUAAACAUGUGAAUUUUUCAGUCAGGUUAAUCAUGAACGUAAGACUUUGCAAUUAGUCAGCUCUAAAACAUUAAAUGUAUGUCCUACCCUUCAGUUAGGUUACAAGUUAAUUUAAAUUUGUGACUGUUGAAUCAGAAUAAAUUUGAUUUAAAUGUGGGAAUUUUGAUGCUUUCUGUGUGAAAACUCAUUUUCUGGAUCAAUUACCUUUGGUCUUAAGAAAUACUGGAAUGUCAGUUAGAUUUAUAGUGAGCAAGGCAAAGCCGAGAAGCUCCUGUAAAUCUGGAUAUUUUCUAUAUUUCUGUUAACAUGUGUAGAUGUUUUAUUCAACAUCAUUGUUAUGUGAUAAAAACUGUCAAAUGGAAAGAUAUAUAUAGUGAUGAUGCAAUGUUAAAUCAUUAAAAUUGUAUUUUGA